CAGACGCGGCGGCGAGAGCGGCGGGGGCGGCCGGCCUGCGGGACCGGGCGGCUACCGGGGACACCGAGCCAGGGGCCGGAGCGGGCGCACCGCCAACGCGAUCACGUGCGCGCGGCCCCUCCUCUCGCGCGCGCCACCCCCGCGCGCCGCUGUCUCCAUUCAUAAAUUCUCCGCCGGCUCCGCGGCCACCGAGCUCCAGAGCCAGCCGGGAGCGCCGUGCAUCCGCCGCCCGCCCUCCCGCCGCCCAUGGGCCGCACGCCCCGGCGCUGAGCCUCAGAAUGCAGCCCACGGCCACCAUGGCCACCGCGGCCGCCACCACCGCCACCGAUGCCCUGACCACUUCGUGGGAAAAUGCCACCAUCCGUCCCACGGCGGAGCCUGACCCCAUCUUGGACAACUACGUGCUGCUGGUGGUGGUGAUGUCGCUGUUCGUCGGGGGCACGCUGGUGGUGCUGUCUGGCGUUCUUCUGCUCUGCAAACGCUGCUGGGAGGUGCACCAGCGCUUCAACAGGGCCAUGGACGAAGCGGAGAAGACCACCACCACCUACCUGGACAACGGCACCCACCCCAUACAAGACCCCGACUGCAGGAGGGAAGACCCCGAGUGUCAGGACGCCGAGACGGGGCGCUUCCUAGCCACCAGUUCCACCGGCCGCCGGGUGUCCUUCAACGAGGCUGCCCUGUUUGAACAGAGCCGCAAGGCUCAGGACAAGGGCCGCCGGUACACCCUGACAGAGGGGGACUUCCAUCACCUCAAGAAUGCCCGCCUCACUCACCUCCACCUACCGCCCCUCAAAAUCGCUACUAUCCAUGAGUGUGAUUCGGGCGAGGCCAGCGCAGCGGCCACGCCCCACCCAGCUACCACCCCCAAGGACAGCUUGGCUAUUUUCCAGCCCCCUGGGAAGGCUCUCGCUGGCCGCUCAGUCGGUCCCAGCUCUGCCCUGCCAGGUGAUCCCUACAACUCUGUGGACUUCUCAGAGAUCAGCCCCUCGGCCUCCAGCGACUCCGGGGAGGCCGCCUCGUUAGAUGCAGGCACAUGCGGUCCCAAGGCCGCCGGGCCCGGGCCUGAGACGGAGGCUGGGGAGAUGGGCCCGGGCUCUUCGGGGGCCGGCACUGUGCUGCAGUUCUUUACGAGGCUUCGCCGCCAUGCCAGCCUGGAUGGGGCCAGCCCCUACUUCAAGGUCAAGAAGUGGAAGCUGGAGCCUAGCCAGAGGGCAUCCAGUUUGGACACGAGAGGCUCUCCUAAGCGGCACCAUUUUCAGCGGCAGCGGGCAGCCAGUGAGAGCAUGGAGCAGGAAGGCGAUGUCCCCCACGCGGACUUCAUUCAGUACAUCGCCAGCGCAGGCGACUCGGUGGCUUUCCCACCCCCCCGCCCCUUUCUGGCCAGCCCCACCAGCCCGCCCCCCACUCUCGGCAGGCUAGAGGCAGCUGAGGCGGCGGGAGGAGCAAGCCCCGAGACUCCUCCGGAGCAUGGCAUCUGUUUGGGGCCCGAGCAUGCGCAGCAGCAGGACCCGCAGCAAGAACAGGACGCCGAGCAUGCGCAGUGCAGCUACCGUGACCUGUGGAGCCUUCGUGCUUCGCUAGAGCUCCACGCGGCCACUGCGUCGGACCACAGCAGCAGCGGCAAUGACCGCGACUCAGUGCGCAGCGGGGACAGCUCAGGCUCGGGCUCUGGGGGUGGCGGCGCAGCACCCGCCUUCCCGCCUCCUCCCGAGUCUCCGCCCGCCUUGCGGCCUAAGGACGGCGAGGCCCGCCGCCUGCUGCAGAUGGACAGUGGGUACGCGAGCAUCGAGGGCCGCGGCGCGGGCGACGAAGCCGCUGAACUUCCUGUUGCGGCCCGCAGCCCUCCCCGCAGCCCGCGAGCCUGGCCACGCAGGCCGCGCCGCGACUACAGCAUCGACGAGAAGACGGAUGCUCUCUUCCACGAGUUCCUGCGCCACGACCCGCAUUUCGACGACGCACCCCGCCACCGCGCGCGUGCGCACCCUCACACCCACGCGCGGAAGCAGUGGCAACAGAGGGGGCGGCAGCACAGCGACCCCGGCGGGGCUCGCGUGGUCACGCCCCCGGGGGCCGCGCGCCCCACGCGCGCACCCCUGCGCCGCGGUGACAGCGUCGACUGUCCCCCGGAAGGCGGCCGCGCGCUGCCCGCGGCCGGCGAUGACCCUUCUAUCCCCGUCAUCGAGGAGGAGCCUGGCGGCGGCGGCGGUCCAGGCCCUGCGCCCUGUGUGGAGCCCGCCGGGGCCCUGCUGGACAAGCUGGCGGCCAGCCUCGACGAGAGACUCCUUGCCCCCCGCCUUGCCGAGCCAGUCGCUUCGUCCCCGGUGCUGGUGGUCGCUGCUGCCGCCCCCACGUCCCCCGACCACAGCCCGGUCUAAGCUCUGUGACUCGACCCGCCUCUCGGCAGCUCCUCCAGCCGCACUUGGGGCAGCCACGGGAAUGGUGGCGACAGCAGGAGAGACCUGGGGUUGCCGUGUACGGGCGCGCGGCCCAAAUCCCAAGUGCGCACGCGCAGUGCCCCCUCGGGCACUUAGCAGGGCGCAGUGGCCUCCCGAGGCACGAGGCUCCAGGACCCAGGCUCAGCUGCAGGGAGAAUGAAGAGGUCGGACUUUUGGUCCGCGUACGGUGGACAGCAGCACCCAGCUCUGGCCACAGAGGUGGGUGAGGGCAGGCUCUGAGGCGCAUGCGCAGCCUCCCUCCAGGAUCAGCUGAACGUCCACUCCUGAGCACGUGCUGGCAGUGCCACUGCUGCCUAAGCAUGCGUGAACCUCCUGGACGGGAGGGGACCACGGGGCACUGAGGACCAGAAAGGAGCUCCCUGCCCCAGACCCUGAACCCACUUACCUCGCCGUGGUGUGCGCUCGCUCGCAGCUGUGCCCUCCCUCAGCAAUAACCGCCCGCCCGCUCUCCGCAUGUGCUCAGGCCCCGCCCCGUCCUGCUCCUCCCCGAGAGCCUCGGGCUCUGCACACACGGACAGAACAGCCCAGGUGGCAGCUUCAAGUUUCCCAAGCUUUAUUUAUUGCCAAAAGAUAGGGCGGCCUCGCCGCGAGUGCCCGCCCCCUCCCUGCCCUGCGCCCUCCGUGGGUAGUUGUGUUGUCUGGUUGAUCAUAAAUGUCUCUGCAUAUUC